UUUUUCCCCUUUCCAAUCUGCAAAAAGCCUUAAAAUAAUAGCAUUACUGUACUUCCCCAAGCUUGGAUUUCUCUACCCCAAAGCAGCUCGGGGAGACUCGGUCAUCAAAUGCCACAAAAGCAGCUCCAUGAACCAGCACCCAACCUGAGCCUGUUGGAGACCACUGCAGGGAGAUGGCCCAAAAGAUAACUGAGCUCUGCUUAGAGAGAAGCUGGGGACAUUGGGGUCCCAAGAUAACCCAAAUCCCACUGCAAGCCUGGCCCCUGCGCCCCGCAGCUGGGCUGUGAGCAGAGACAGGAACCAGGGCUCGGCUGCAACGUUUCCUGUUUUAGAGCAGAGAGCAGCAGAACGAGGUGGUUGGCACAGAGAUGGCAGUUGGAGCGUGUUCAUGCCUGAUAACACCCAGCUUUGCCGUGGACAUUGAGGGGUAGGACAGGACCUUUGGGUCAGCAGGUCAGAGGACCCCGGAGCGGUCACAGACACCAUGAUCAACCAGCCCCAGAAGCCACGGCCGCGGCGCAGGCACGAGAGCUACGAUGAGAAGUGCGAGCGGCGGCACGAGAUGCGGGAGAACCGGCGGCGGCGGCACAACGUGACAGCGUGCCGCCACACCGGGACGGGGACACCGGACCCACUGCAGAGCCCCCGGCAAAGGGAGUUCCUGAGGAGGAGGAUCGGGGUGGAUCACGCUGGAAGGGCGCCGCCGGGACAGCGCAUCCCGCUGGAUCCCUCUGCGCGGUUGGAGCUGAGACCAUCCAUCCUGCUCCAGCACCCAUGGAGCUGCCCCACAUUCCCCCCUGCAUUCUCCCCGCUCGGCCUCAGCAUCCCCUGCAGCACUUCAGCAGAAGCCAUCCCCAGGCGAGGUGUGAACACCCAAGGAACACAGACCCUUACAAACCCAAGGGCAGGAGCAAAAGACUCAAGCCAACAGACAGAUUGUGGAAUAGCAGUUUUAAAUAAGGAAAUGGUGCAGUUAUCCAACUACCUCAAGGAGGCCCUGCACCGUGAGCUGCUGCUCAAGCAGAAGAUGGUGAUUUUGCAGGAGCUUUUCUCCACGUUGCUGCAAGCAUCAGAAAAGUCCUGGCAGGGUCAGCUGAAUGAAGAUAAACUGAAGUGCAAACUAAGGGCGCUUGAAAAUCAGCUGCAGGCUUGCACCCAGAGUUACUCAAAGGAGUGUGUGAAGAAGAUCCUGAUAGACAUGGAGGACCAGAAGCAAACCUACGAGGAGAAGGCAAAAGAGGCUCUUCAGAAGAUGCUGGAGGACAAACUCCAGACUGAACAGCAGCUGCAAAACUCUGAGAGAAGCCUGGCAGUGACGAGAGAGGACCUUGCCUUCUGGAAGGAGCACUACACCACUCUCAAAGCUGAACUGACCCAGAUGACCACGGCGCACACUGAGCUCAAAAACAGCUUCCAUAUUCUGCAGAGCGAACUUCAGCAAGCAGAUGCACAGAAGGAGCAGCUCCACCAGGCCCUGUGCAGGCUGCAGAGCGAGCACUCUGCGCUCCACCAGCGAGCCGGUGCCCUGCGGGAGGACAAUGACCUGAAGGCUGAGCACAUCCGUGCCAUCAAAGAUAAACUGCAAGAAGAACAAAACCAGAGGGUAAAGCUGGAGGCGACAAUCAGCCAUUUGCACAACUUGAUAGAGAACCAGACCAACAAACAGAAGCCCCAGGAGACGAUGGCACAAAGGAAAGACCAGGUUUUCACCACGCAGACCCCACCUCUCACUCCUGCCAAGGAGGAACAAACCCCUCUGUUAGAGCACCCGGAGGAGGAGGAGUGGGGAGAAGAAAGCCUGAAGGAUGAGAUGCAGAAAAGGACAUUCCAGCUUACAGCAAAGGAAAAUGAGGUACACACGGACACACGGGUAGCAGGAGUGAAAGUCCCCCAUCACCGCAGUGCCCAUGCACGGGCGAAGCACUGCAGCCUCUGCGGGAGCCCUGCUGCUGUCGGUGGGUACGGAGGAGAGGGGAUCCCCCCUGCUAACGGCCCCUUGCUGUGCUUGCAGUGCAUGGAGCUGCGCUCGGAGCUGGAGGCCCUGAGCGAGGAAUACCGCUCCUGCCUGACCAGGCUGCGCCAGUGCCGGGAUGAGCUCAACCACUUCCAGAGCAAGCAGGCGAAGCGACAGCGCGGUCACUGGGUCCCCCUCCUGGUGGCAGUGAUAACAAUGGCCAUAGCCUCCUUCCUUGCAAGCUACAGACCAUGAGGGACCUUCUCAGUGAGGGACUUCACCGCAGGAACUGACUUCUUCACCACCAGCAACAUUCCCUCGCUGCAGUGCACCUUCUGCUGCUUCGUACUUGUGUGUUUAGUGUCUAUGGAAGCUUCAUUCCACACUCCUCACCCCAAAUUCCUGCAGCUCCAAUAAAGGCUGGAGAUCCCCCUU